AUGCAUACACCCGACUUGUUCGACAUCCUUCCCGGUAAACUGAUCUCGCUCAGCAUCCCCACGUACUGUAAUGGAAAGGCUCGUGGUCUAUUGGGUGGUCCAGCCACGCCCAAAGGAAUGAACUUUAUGCAUAACCGUCGCGACGCACUAAAAGAAGCCGAUCUGAUUAUACUGUGUGGUGUGGUGUGUGACUUCCGCCUCAAGUACGGCAUGGCUAUUCCGUACGCGACUACCCUUGUGACG